AUGACCCAUGUCGUCGCACAUGACGUGCCUAAGGAUCUUAUGCUGGUGCAUCAGAUUCUGAGUAUCAAUGCCCAUGUUGCCCAGUCGCAGCAGAUGGGCGAGAAAUUCUCCACCCUUGGUCGCCCAGGCGACGACAAUAAGCUCGAUCAGUUUAUGCAUUUUCUAGAAAGGUUUUCUAUUCACAACAACAACAUAAAAAAUCACGACAGCCGUGGCAGAGCCGCAAAAAAGGUUCUGCGACCUCCUUCUAUACUACGGUAUUCGAGUUAUAUCUUGAAUGUUGAUGACGGUGCGGCGCAUUGCCAUACAUAUACGGCAAAGAGGGUUGCUGAUGGUGUCAAGGUUCACCUGGGUAUAUCAUGCGUGACUAAGGAUGUCGCCAGCUGGUGGAGAAUGCAACAUCGAAGAAGAAGACGAAGACGACGAAGAAGAAGAAGAAUAGCUUCUCAUCAGCUCCACGGCAUGAAUAUGACGUCACCGCUUCUGUCUCCCAAUCCGGCUGUAAAUUCCGACCGAUCGCCGGCUAGGAGGAGGAAAAGGAAGAAAAUCCAAAGCCAGAGCCAAAAUCCAAUCGAAAACCGGGAAAAUUCGCCGAUCGAGUGGAGAUCCGACGCGCAACAGCAAAUCUACUCGUCGAAGCUGCUCCAGGCGCUGCGCCAAGUCCGUCAGGGAGGCGGCGUCGCCGCCGCCGGCCCGAGGCGGGUACACGAGGCGGCUGACCGGGUCCUGGCGGCGACGGCAAGGGGACGGACGCGGUGGAGCCGCGCUAUCCUCACGAGCAGGCUGAGGCUGAAGUUCAUGAAGAAGAACAACAUCGCGAAGCGCCAGAACCGAGUGAUAGCAGUGGUCACCAGCGGCGGCGGCGGCAGCGGCCGGAUGCGGAGGAAAUCGAAGCUGAAGAUCUCCGGCCUGAGGUCCAAGUCGCUGCCGGCGGUACAGCGCAAGGCGCGCGUCCUAGGCCGGCUGGUCCCCGGCUGCCGGAAAGAGCCUCUCCCGGUGGUCCUAGAGGAGGCCACCGAUUACAUAGCCGCGCUUGAGAUGCAGGUGAGAGCGAUGACUGCCUUAGCUGAACGACUUUCUGUUUCGGGCUCGUCGUCUUCCAGUACGGCCUCAUCCAGUUCCAGUGGAGGUGUCAAUCCAUUCGGGCCGGGUUCGGGCCGAACUAGGCCGGCCACGUAA